AUGUCUGGGGUAGUCACAGCCCUUGUAAAGCGACACCCUCUUCUGAGUGAGUCACGGGUACGCACCGUGGUCGUGUCCGUCUUUUGCUUUCUCCUGGCUAUCGCUCUUCGUCUGCUAUUCCGCUACGCGCAACUGUCACCGAAGCACACGAAGAGAAUCAGCGGCAGAAGCAGCCGCGGCGCAAAGGAGAAGAAGGAGCACGGCAAGAACCAUGGCGGUAGCCAAAGUGGUGGCGGGGGCGGCAACUCCUCGAAGCGGAAAAAAACGGACCCGUCGCUGCCCACAGUUCUCAUGCUAAUUGGCAUGCAUGGCAGUGGAAAGAGUUUCUGGGCGAAGCGGUACACCGAGAUUGUGCACAAAUCGUAUGUCAUUAUCUCCUCCGAUGCCAUCCGUAGCCGUCUUACCGGCACCAUCAACAAUUACACGAGAGAGGGCGAGGUUGAAGCGAAUAUCCUGAAGGAGGUGAUGCACACGUUGGAACUGCGGCGCAGCUGCAUCGUCGACGACUGCCAACACAAUCUAUCCCUAGAAUUCCGGGCAAAGCUGAGGGCGUUAGCACCCGAUGGAAAGGUGAAUCGUGUGGUGAAGAUCUUCUCUGUGAAGCCGUCUUACGCAAUGAUGCGCAUACAGAGCGAUAUAGAGGAGGGGACAGCGCGCUACGCACCUACUAUGGUGGAGCUUGAGAAGCAGGGAGAGCGGGUGGCGGAGUUCGAGGCGACAAACACGGAUGAUGACUGGGUGCAGAACUGA